GGCGUCCAACUCCCAAGAAGACAACUCCGCUUCUUCUUCGUCCACAUCCCAAGAAGACAACUCCGCUUCUUCUUGGUCCACAUCCCAAGAAGACAACUCCGCUUCUUCUUGGUCCACAUCCCAAGAAGACAACUCUGCUUCUUCUUGGUCCACAUCCCAAGAAGACAGACAUGAUGCACGUUGGCAUUUGUGGAUAUUUCAUUCCAUUUUCCCACAAACUUAAACCUAACGCGUCACAUUUGCGCAGUUAAAAAAAGGACCGGGGAGAUGUCAACGCCGCACCCCGACCUCAGCCACCUCUCGCCCCGGGAGGCGGAUGGGCGCGCGGUCCGCCUGCUGCUCUUCGCCUUGUGCGUAACCAUCGCCGCCGCCACCUUCAUCGGCGGCGUGUACUCGCUCCUCGCCCUGUUGCGGAUGCGGAGGAAGACGUGGCUGAGUGUGAUCGUGGCGUCCAUGUCCGUGGACGACCUGCUGAGCGUGGUGCCGCUCUCCCUCUUCAUGCUCCUGCAGUGGGACCGCGAUGGAGGUUCGGCCAGCCUCUGCACUCUCGCCGGGCUCCUGUACGUCUUCCAGGGGGUGUCCAGCAACAUGAAGGCGUGUCUGAUCGCCGGCUACACUUUUUACGUGACCAAAAGGUUUGGGGUGUUGCUCUCGGUCCGCCGCCCCCUCCGGGUGAUGUGGGCCAUCGCCGGCGUGUGGGCGCUCAGCCUGGCCGUCAGCGCGCUGCCUCUGUGCGGAUGGGGCAGCUUUGCGCAGGCUCCUCUGGGCUGCUUCCCGGAGAGUGAGGGUUUUUACAUCCUGCUGCUCUUCCUCGUCUACUCGCUGUGUUUCUGCGGCUUGCUCGUCUUCUUCCUGCCGCUGACUUACCAGCUCUUGUGCGCCAGAGAACCCCAGAGGAGCGUGCAGUGCGCGGGCUACCCGGGGGACGCCGGCGCCCUCUCCCGGGACAGCCUGGACAAAAGUUUCGGUGCCUACAACGAACUGAGCCCGAGUUCGUGCGGGACGACCUGCGAGCUCCGGGACGGGACGGAAGGAGUUACACGGCGGCCACGGUCUAUCCCGGCGGUUGUGGGGGACACGCCUGUAGUGUUUGCACAAAAGCGCUUCUCCAUGGUCCUGGCGGUGGUCAGGGUUACUUUGUGGAUGCCAAUGAUGACUCUGGUGCUGGUGCGCCAUGCAGCCAACGCUCGCAGCUCGUCCCUGGAAACCCUCAGCUUCCUUCUCACUUUGCUGGCCCCCGCGGUCACGCCGCUCUUUGUGCUGUCUAAGCGCUGGAUCCACAUGCCGUGCGGCUGCUUCAUUGACUGCAAACGUGAGCCGAUGCCAGACCCCCCGGGAUUAAAACGAAGAUUUGAAUUCAACCUUUCCCUGCACAAAGGUUGCAGAGUGUUUAAGCUGUCGCAUGUCCCGGUAUCUCCCAGCACCACACUGGUCGAGAAGCCAUCUUACCACAGCCUCUUCAACAGCGACUUCCUCAACACCCGCCUGGAUGCACUGGAGAGCGGCUUGGGGCCAAACUUCAGUUUCAGCAGCACACUGCCCGUGGACUGCUCCUCCCAUGCAGACCUCCUGUUGGAGGAUGUUCCCCGUGGCGUGGGAGAGGCGCUGGCCGAUUGUCCACGGCGAAGCGAGGAAGGUUUCCACGACCUCCACUCUCCGUCUUUUAAUCACCGGGAACAAGACCACCACCUCACAGACACCUCGUCGGUAUUCGAGGGCUCGGAGAGGAGGCUGUCGCAUAAAGAGUCCCAGAAAUACGAGCUGACAGAUUGGGAAUGGUGCAGGAGUAAAUCAGAGCGAACACCCAGACAGAGGUCAUCAGCUGGUCUGUCCAUCCCACUGUGCGCCUUCCAAGGAACAGUAUCUCUGCAAGCCCCCACAGGGAAGACCCUCUCUCUGUCCACCUACGAGGUCAGCAGCGAUGGACUUACAAUCUCUCCCAACAAUGCCAAGAAGGUGGAAGUAUACCGCUCCAAAUCAGUAGGCCAUGAGCCCAGUGCAGAUGACAAAGCAGGUCAGGAAGGCGACAUGGGCCUGGACUUCGGAGUGGGCAUCGGCGCCAAUGUGGGAGACACCAAUGUGAAAAUCCACCUGGAGGUCCUGGAGAUCUGCGACAACAAGGAGGCCAUGGACAGCGUCUACAUUGUCUCCAACAUCAGCCAGUCCUCUACACACACCCGCUCGCCCUCGCUGCGUUAUUCACGAAAAGAAAACCGCUUCGUCUCCUGCGACCUGGACGAGACGGCGUCCUACUCGCUGCUCAUUCCCACCACCGGCAACCCCGAGGUGGAGGCCAUCAACAUCACCAUCCCUGACACGGUGGAGGCUCAUCGGCAGAACAGUCGUAGACAGACGCAGGGAAGCUCAGGCUAUCGUGAGGAAAUACAGCUGCUCAAUGAUGCCUACAAGAAACAAGCUGGAGACCAGGAGUGAUGGGUGAUAAGUACUUUUACAGGUGAUACGUACUUUUACAGGUGAUAAGUACUUUUACACAAAGAGUUAAGCAGAAAGAGACGCACACAUUUUUCAUGGCCACAUCCUAAAAAUGAUCCUGUUUGAGAGUAAGACCCGAACAAACACCACUCAUAUUUCUGCAACCAUUUCUUUUACUGUACGUCUUUUCAUUGAAGUUCGAACGUGAAGUUGGAUUUACUCACAACUAGUCCGUGUACAGCUGGUAGGAUGGAUUUACUGUCCACUGAAAUUGUGUCAACAUGCCUUUAUUGUCUAAUAACUGGCAACACGUUAACAUGCUUAUUCAAUGUUAGGUUAUGACGUUGAUUUGACAUUGAAAUGUGGUAAUUUCUCAACCAAUAUUCAACAACACAAACACGACAUUGAAACAACAUGCUAUUUGAUGACGUUUAUUCAAUGUUGGGUUUUGACGUUGAUUUGACAUUGAAAUUUGGUCAUUUUCCAACCAAUAUUCUACAACACAAAUACAACGUUGAAACAACAUGCUUUUUG